AUGCUGAUAAAUCUUAUAUAAAAAAAGAUAUUAGCUGUCUCUAUAAAUUAACAUUAAAUAAUCAAAAAAUUAAUAAAGAUUAAAUAAGGGAAAGAAAGUAAGCAUAAAAAAACACAAAUGAGACAACAAUUUGAAUAAAAAAUUAGAGAUACAUCUAUAGAUUUUCACAAAUCUGAUAUCAAAUUAUUAUUAGAUUAUUUAUAAGAGAAAAAAGGUCAUCUUAAAAUCUAAACGGAAUAAGUGUUUUCAAUUCGAUAACUCUAAAUUAACAGUGAACUGCCUGAUGAAAAAGUUGAACUUCUCUAAAUUAAAGUUUAUGACAAAAAACAAAACAUAAAAAAAUGCUUAGAAAUUUUUUUAACUGACUAUGUUGAAGAGCUCGUUGGUCAUUUAAAAAAAUAUGCUGAUAUUUGCUCACGCUUAUUCAGGCCAGCAUUUAUUCUGAAAGUUUUUGAUUCUUAUUACUUAGAUGAAGACAAGAUAUUUUAUGUCAUAGAAUACGAAGACUUCUAUCUUUAAAAUUCUAGUUCCUAAACUAACUAAUAAAUUGUAUUUGAUUCAGUUAACUUAAUCAGAUAAUUUAUGUCAUAUUAUUAAUGUGAAAAUGAAGAUGAAGAUUAUAAUUUUUAAUUAGCUAAAAUCUAGUUUCAAAUACAAUUUGCAUUUAUACAAUAAGAAAACUCAUAAUUUUAAGUCAAAUUAAAUGCAGUAAAUCCUAUUUUAUUCAGUAAUAUGUCCAUGCUUCAAUUAAGAUUCAAAUUUAAUGAUGAAUUUUAUUGA